UGCACACCUGUAGCUCAGGUAACCUUGAUUUAACAGGUGAUCUGAGGAUCAAGUAACCCUGUCUUAAACCUGGCUUAAGCUGUACUCAGGUGAGAAGUAGUUGGGUUGCAAACCUGUGACUCAAGUCUAUCUUACCUGAUUACAGCUUAAGCUUUUCUCAUUCAUUGAAAACAAUGGCAGCAAGACAGAAGUCAGCAAAUUUUUCUGAACUAGAGAAAGAAAUUUUGCUAGAACUUAUUCAUGCUAAGAGGGAUAUCAUAGAAAACAAGCAGAAUGAUGGCAGAAUGGUUAGUAAGAAGAACACAGAAUGGACAAAUAUUGAGAAGGAAUUUAAUUCAAGACACGGCGUUAAUAAGAGAACCAUAACCCAGCUGAAAUCUUUAUGGAAAAAUCUUAAAGCCAGAACAAAGUCUGCUGUUGCUAAAGAGAGGAGAGAGAAGAAGAAGACAGGUGGCGGACCAGCUGGGAAAAGCUUAGAUAAAAUUGCCAGCACAAUUUCGGAAAUGCUUCCGCAGCAAAUUAACAGCUUGCAAAAUCAGUACGACGAUGAUGCAUGUCUCCAUGGGGAUGAACCAGAUGAUGACAAUGAAGAUUCAGAUGAUAACGACGAGAUAAUGACCACCAACACAAUUCAGGAGGAAGCGCCGAGAAUGUCAGAAGAGUCUGCUAAACAGCCGCAAACAGCAUCCAUAGCUUCUGCUAACAAACGAAAAGCUGCUUGUCCUGGACGUCAAGACCAAGUCAAGAAUAGGCUCCUGGAAAUGGCAGAAAUAGAACAUUGUAAGAAGAUGACAAUCCUCCAGUUGAAGGAAGACAUUUUGAAAUUAAAGAAACAGAAACUAGAGAAUGAAAUAAAAUUAAGUGAACGUGAUUUGCCUAUGCCUCAACCCAGUACAUGUGGGGGACCCCUGGGUACAGAUUCAAACAACAACAGUGGAUAUUUCUGGCAGCCAUAUGCACAAUAA